AUGGUCUCCGACACGGCGACGAGUAGUCGCGCAUCCAUCAUUUCUCUUGAUCCCGCGGUCGCGAGCCAAAUCACUGGCACCACCUUCACUGGCGCGACCAGUCACUCUCGAACCGGCUCCAGUCCCUUCAAAGGUCUCAGAUCCCCAGAGGCUGCUCCUCCCUCCCGUGGCCAUGUUAGAAACAGGUCGGCCCCGCUACAGCAACCUGACAAACAUUCUCUCCGUCGCGCCAAAAAUAGCACAGAGAUUCUCAGGCAGCGUUCGACUCGCUCAAACAAGAAGACACAGAAGCUCGAGCCCAUCGCUGAUUCAAGAGGAGGUCGAAAUUUCACCAUUGGCAAUGUCGGAACUGGUGGUCUGUUAUACCUGAAGCCGUCUCCUCAUCAGAAUGCCCUCUCCCAGGCCUCUCCUCCCGUCAUGGCGCCUCUCACGGCUCCGGCAGAUUUGGACCACGAGAAGGAGUAUUCCACGUUCCGGCUACCAACUCAUGGCGAAAACGUUUCCCCAGCCCUACGCUCCGCUUCGCCCAGGACUGGCGCGUCGACGCUAGGACGGAAACCCACUAUUGAGACCGUUAGGUCGAGGCACGGCAGGUCGCAAUCAUUUUCUACCAUCGACGAGCACCAAUCAGCGGUGGCAGGCCAGUCCAAAACCUUGAAGAUUGUCAUUAACCGCCCCGAAACCGCGAAGCCCAAGGCACCUCAGGAGACUGACAGCCAUCCGCAAUUCACUCUGCCCACCCUUGAGGUCCCCAUUCCUCAUUACAGGCUUGGCAAUCCACGCUUCAGUAACAAUGGUACCCCUGCAAUACGAUCCUCUUCGUACACACGCAGUUCCAAUACCCCUUCAGAUGUCACGGAAACACCUGGGCAAACGACAACGCGGCACGGCCCAGCAACAGGUCCCCCGCCCUCUAACGUGAGGCUUUUUGCGCGACUCGAUGCGACCCAGGGUCGAUCAAAAGGACUUAAUGAGGAUCAUCGUCACACGAGCUCUUCUGGUUCCGAUGCCACCAUUCGCGAACCUAUCCAUCCUGAAAUCUAUGAUGCUCUGGCUGAGGUCUACGACGACCCCGAUGUGGUCCGCUACUCCCAUAAUGUGAGAGAAAUCACAGCUGCAACCCCUGCGCGUCUCAUCGCGCAAAUCUCAUCCGAGUCCUUCAUGGACUACGAACUUGUGUCCGACUUUUUCCUCACCUUCAGGUCUUACAUGUCGGUUUACAACGUGCUUGACCUGCUCUUGGCGCGCUUACGGUGGGCAAUCAACAGGCAGGAGGACGACGGGAGGAUUAUCAGAGUGCGUACUUUCGCGGCUCUUCGGCACUGGAUUCUCAACUACUUUAUGGACGACUUCAUGCCCGAUGUCAAGUUGCGGCAGCGAUUCUGUGAAGAAAUCAAUCGCAUGUACGGAGAAGUUGCUGCCCGACGAAACUCUGGGACUAGUGAUCUCAAGGUGCUACGAGACUUGAAAAGAUGUUGGAAUGGCCGAUGUUCGAUGUACUGGGAUCCUGAAGACUUCAAUCUCGAAGGUGACCAAGACGAAGAUCUCAACCCUGGUGGCUACGAAGAACCUGAGACGGAAAAAACAAAAGUCCUUGACCAACCGCCCCCUUUGCCAAGGAAUGUCAGAACUGUGUCGAACUCAAGCUGGUUCAACGUACCACCUGCUGUUGCCACAAAGACUCAACAUGGAAAGCAGGACUCGGUGGCUAGUGACCAGAGCCUCCAGGCUAAAUCCUGUUCCAUACCCAAGGAUCUACUCAAGCCUGGGGAUCCUUUGCCACCUGACAGAGCUUCACAACCGGUCCCUGUUCAAUUACGUCGGCCGAACGCGACUGGAAAUCUGGAAGUGAAGACUGCACAUCUCGGCCACCGCCGGGGCGCUGCCUCGAUCGAUAGUGAUCGCCAGUCGACACCACGAGAGGAGAAGGAUGAAAUCUUGCAACCCUUCGACGGAAGCAUAAUUCGUGGCUCGAUCUAUGCGCCGUGCGCACCCUUCGUGCAAAUUGUCUCCUCGCCUUCAGCACCAUCAGUUGCCCGAUUUGAGGCGCCGCAAGAACAACAGACCAGGUUAGAUCGUCGGGCUAGUCCCAAUUCUGCGCAUAGCCCAGGUGUCAAGAACAUUUUCGGCUCGUUGCGGAAGGCACUUGGUGGCAGGCAUAACCACAGCGAUGCAAGCUUGAUCACGGUCUCUGCACCCAUGCCUAUGCAAGAAGAGCCACGCAUGCAACGAGCUCAAUUGCCGCUGAAUAUGUCUCGAUCACACGACGAGCUCCGUGCCAGGGCACAAGCAGCCCAACCAAAAAGGCAGCUACGAGUUGAUUUACUCUGUGCCCAAGUCGCGCAAAACUAUGAACUGCUAUUUCCCCAUGCAAAGUACGCGAAGCAUCACUCUAUCCUACCAACAAAUGUUGUACGACCAGCUACCCAUCAUGAACCCCAGUCUGGGAUGAACCCGACGCUUCUCACGCCAGAUCUGCGGCGAGACAGGCUACCAAGUCAUACCACGGCCCAGAGUGGAUCCAUCUUGAUCAUCAACGACACAGGCAUGGGCGCGUCGACCAUGUCGGGCGCUCUUCCCUCACAGUCUUCUCUACGUGCUGCUUGGGAAGCUCAGGCAGUCACACAACGAUACAACGACAAAGACAACGCCGUAGGGCUGGGUAUUGCCUCAAAAAGGCCAAACAUUGCCGACAUAUCGCCACAACGCAGCUCAGACGCGUUGGGAGAGGCUAAGCCGGCUAUGUCUCCCGAGAGGCCUCAUUUUGUAAAAGAGGACGACACUGCAUCGCUGGACGAAGUAGCUAUAGCUUCAUCAUCCCCACGCCCCGCGCCUAGGUCUCCUAUGUCGAGCACUGAUACGACACAUGAUCGAGGAUCGGGCCAGAGCACAGAGCAAAGCCGCGCGGUCACGAGUGUGCAGACACCCGCCUCAAGCACCAACCCAGGGAAUGUUGCACCAGCCCACGGCCUCCGACGGCGGCCUGGGGGAGAGCUGCGUAAUAUUGAGAACGUGAAUGACUUGGAACAACACCGUCACCACGAUUCGGUAGAUACCACCACGACCACUGGCACAAACGCGAGCGGAUCCCCAAUUCAUUCAUUCGCGCAGAAUCAGCCGCCGGUGCCGAACAAGGGUGUAUCUAUGAUCAACACCCAUUCCUCGCAGAACCUCAGACCAAGCUUUGAACACGCUGUAGCAGGGUUCUCGGCGAUUCCAGACGAUGGCGAUGGUGGACUCGAGGCAACACUCUUGAAGCUCGAAGGCAGAUACGAAAAGGCAUCCCCACCGCUACAGCAGCACCCACUCAAUGCGUUGGAGCGGAGACGUUCCAUGCCUGAGAUGAGCACGCGCAACACCUUUGCGCCCUCGGAUGCGGCGGAAGGUCCCGACGUGCCGCGGGGGUAUGUCUACCAAGCGAAUAUGAUGCCUCGCGGCAGCCUCGAUGACUUUGUUCUUUCAGAUAGUGCCCGCCCUCAAGCACAGACCGUCGACAGCGGACGAGGAUCAGGCAGAUCUUCAAUUUUCGGCCUUCCGGUAGGAUCUGACGAUGGCGAGGACGUGAUGUACGAUCCAAGUCCACUGCUCAAGCAAGACACCAACUCCGGGUCAGGUCCUAGUCAAUCAGCGAGCCGCAUGUUUCCUAGCCCACUACAUCUCCAACAAGGAUUUAACACCGCCACACAGGGCCAGACAUAUGGCUCUAUCGCAGACGCAGACAGACCCCAUCUCAGCCCUCGACCCCAGACGGCUGGGGAAAGCGCGCAAUCAUUCUUGCUGGACGAGGAUGAAAACCUGUCUGACUUGUCUUCGGAGAUUUCAGUGGAUGUCAUCAACUAUGCGCCGGGCGGGAGAUCCAUGUCUCCCAUGCUGGCCGCACCAGGCACAGCCGUGUCGGGACUCGAGAUCCCCUCGCAUCCGCUGACCUAUGCGUCUGUUGUCAACCUUGCUCCCGCCGAGAUGCCAAGGGACUCGUCGUUCAUGAGGAAUUCGCUGCCGUAUGUUCACCUUCCAUUACCAAAGACGAUGGCGCCUACGGCCCCUCAGUACGGCAAUCGUUCUUCUGGUGGUCCGGCACAUAUACCCUUUGUUUUGGCUGCAGAUUCUCAGGUCAUUGCACAGCAGAUGACACUCAUCGAGAAAUCAGCUUUGAGCGAGAUUGAGUGGUCAGACUUGGUGAACAUGAAAUGGCACGAUUCAUCAUCCAAGAUCUUGGACUGGGCUGAGUAUCUCACCAAGAGCGAUAUCACGGGGGUCGACUUGGUCAUCACACGCUUCAACCUGGUAUCGCGAUGGGUGCGAUCGGAGAUUGUGCUCACGCAGGACAUCGAGGAACGUGCACAGGUUAUCACGAAAUACAUUCAUGUGGCAGCCCACGCUCGCCGAUUGCACAACUAUGCAACUAUGGUUCAAAUAACUAUCGGCCUGACCUCAACUGAUACGACACGACUUGUCCAGACAUGGGAACGAGUUCCCGCUCCAGACAAGUCGCUACUGAAGAACAUGGAACGACUGGUCCAACCGAUCCGCAACUUCCAUGAAUUACGACUGGAAAUUGAGCAGGCCGAUUUCAGCGACGGCUGCAUCCCCUUCAUUGGACUUUACGUGCAUGACUUGACCUAUAAUGCUCAGAAGCCUGCGACGAUCGCGAGCAAGCGAGGCUCCGAGGCUCUGAUCAACUUCGAGAGAUACCGCAUGUCGGCGGUAAUUGUGAAGAACUUGCUGAGGCUCAUUGAUGCUGGUUCGAGGUACAACUUCGAGCCGGUCAAGGGACUGGUUGAGCGGUGUUUGUGGCUGGCAGCUCUGCCAGAGGACAAGAUAUAUGCGUUGAGCAGGGCAUUGGAGGUGCCUUAG